UUGGCAGGGCGAGGGGGGGCGGGGAACGGGCUGCGGAAUGGACGGACAGGCGACUGCCAUGGCUUCGGCGGGCGGCAACGCGGGCUGUCCGAGCCCGGCCCCGGCCUCGCUGGAUAAAAUCGUCGCGGAGGGCCCCGCCGAGCCCGACGCCUACACGGUGCCCGGCAUCCUGCACUUCAUCCAGCACGAGUGGGCGCGCUUCGAGAUGGAGAAAGCGCGGUGGGAGGCGGAGAAAGCCGAGCUGCAAGCACGUGUCUCCUUUCUCCAAGGAGAGAGAAAAGGUCAGGAGAAUCUUAAGAAGGAUUUAGUCCGGAGAAUUAAGAUGCUUGAAUAUGCCUUGAAACAAGAAAGGACGAAGUAUCACAAGCUGAAAUACGGAACUGAACCAGUCCAAGGUGACACAAAGACAGAUGCACCUGAAUCAGGUACUCGAGAAAUUAUAAAUAAUGGCCUUGAUGUAUCAGCAUUAGAACAGAACAGUCCAUCAUCAUGGAAUGAAGGACGCCAGCUACUGAGACAAUAUUUACAGGAGGUGGGUUAUACAGACACUAUCUUGGACGUGCGGACAAAGAGGGUGCGAUCCAUGUUGGGCCAUUCCAGUCUUGAGCAUAAUGGAGCAGCAGAGUCUAACAGCUUGGGGCAGAUUCUGAACGGUGGUGACUCUCCAUUAGUUAAACAGAUAGAAGAACAAAUUAAGAGGAAUGCAGGCAAUGAGUCUCGGGAUGGGCUAAGGAAGUCGAUGCUGGAGAAGAUGCCUUUCUUGCGAAAUGUGGAUGAUGAUAGCGAUGAGGAUGAUGAUGAACUGGAUAGCAUUCCUUCAGAACUAUCUGUCACACAGAGACUAAACAAGAAACAAAGGAUAGGAUCUGAGAUGACCACGGUUGAUUCUGGCAUGGACUGCGAGACGGUGGAUGCUCUGAGUGAAUUUCACUUCCUGGACACUGAAGUGGAUGAAGAAAGGACUGAGGAUUCUAGGAGUUCAGGGGAUGGGAAAGAACUAGGAAGUCACCGUUCCAAACGUCAGGAGGUACUGCCUGAUUUCACAGACAUCGAUGGCUUGCCUUCCAUUCCUGCUGGGGUAAUUGGUCAAACCAAGCGAAAAGAAGCUGCUCCUCUUGCCUUUCCCCCGCAUGCCAGCAAACCAUUUAUACUUGGAGCGGAUACUGUUGGAGAUGGAGAGAUGAGCUUAGGCGAGCUGGCUGGGCUGACUGUCACUAAUGACAAUGAUAUGUCCGAUAGUAAGGAUGCCUUUAGGAAGACCUGGAAUCCUAAAUAUACACUGCGGAGUCACUUUGAUGGGAUCCGUGCGCUGGCAUUUCACCCGGAGGAGCCAGUGCUCAUUACUGCUUCAGAGGAUCGCACAUUGAAGCUAUGGAACCUGCAGAAAACGAUCCCUGCCAAGAAGAGUACUGCAUUGGAUGUGGAACCCAUUUAUACAUUCAGGGGUCAUGUAGACCCAGUGUUAGCAAUAGCUGUUAGUUCCAAAGGAGAUCAAUGCUUCAGUGGAGGGCUUGAUGGCACAAUUUGCUGCUGGAAUAUUCCAAGUUUGAACACUGACCCAUAUGACACUUACGAUGACAGCAUUCUAUCCAGAACACUAAAUGGUCAUACAGAUACGAUUUGGGGGCUUGCGUUUAGUACCCUGAAGAAUCGCCUGAUUUCGUGUUCGGCAGAUGGAACUGUCAGGUUAUGGGACGCAGCUGCCAGUCCAGCCUGUGUUAGUACCUACAACAGAGAAAAGGAAAAUGGGAUUCCUACCUCUGUGGCAUUCUUAAGUGACCCUGCUCAUGCCGUGACUUCCUUCACCAGUGGAGAUGUGGUCAUCUACGAUUUGGAGACACUGCAGCCAGUCAUCACCCUGGAUUCCAAAACAUCUGACAGUGCUGCUAAUCAGAUCAACCGGAUUGUCACUCAUCCCAAGCUGCCGAUCACCAUCACUGCCCAUGAUGACAGAUGUAUUCGCUUCUUUGAUAACAAGACAGGAAAAAUGGUUCAUUCAAUGGUUGCUCACUUGGAUGCCGUCACCUCUCUCGCAGUAGAUCCUAAUGGAGUAUUCCUGAUGUCAGGAAGUCACGACUGCUCAAUACGCCUGUGGAACCUGGACAAUAAAACCUGCGUUCAGGAAAUUACAGCGCACCGGAAGAAAUAUGAUGAAGCGAUUCAUGACGUCACCUUCCACCCAAGCAAAGCUUACAUUGCUAGUGCAGGAGCAGAUGCCCUCGCUAAAGUGUUUGUAUGACACAGCUUAACCUCCCUGGUCUCAUUCCUCUGAGCAGACUGGUUUCUGUUCAUCUAUAAGGGUUGAUCCCACAUUCCUCUUCGAAUGGUUGCCUUGAAUUGGUGAAUGAAGACGAUUUGCCUCCAGCCUUGAAAUUUGCAGUCCUGGGUUGUGCCCAUUCACACUUUCUCAACAAAGCUCAGGGUUUGCAUUUAAAACCUUUAAAUGGGCUUGCGUUCACUGAACUUUCUAUGGAACAUGUAAAAGUUUUAAGCUUUUAGAAAGAAAAAUUGUAAAUUUUGUAUGGGUAUCCAAUAGUUGGCUGUGUGGAAUAAGUAGAAAACGUAGCAAUGGUCUGGGUCAAACCAUAUAAAAGUGCAAGAAAAGGUUUUGCGCUUAGCUAAAUUAUUUUUUUAAACGGUUGGGCUACUUUUUAAUACAGCCUGGAACCUUGAUAAAUAUAUUUCCUUUUCCCAGACAGUUAUCCAUGAAGUACCAAGAUGUCAGUAGCAUGGGGAAUCACAUAGUUUCUCUGCGCUCCCCACAAAUUCUGGGAAUUCUGUGAGGGCAUCCACAGGAGUGGACCAAGGCCCCCCUGUCUUGUUAUGUACAACCAGGGUGGCUUGUGACCACCUCCCCCCCGCCUCAUCUGAGGAUCACUUAAUCCGACGGUGUUGAAUGUACUCUAUUAACACCAUGGGGUAGAUUUUGCGAAAUGAUGUUCCUGCUUGUCUGACGCUGGACAAUUUAAUUUGACAAUUAGUAAUUUUCCAUACAAUUUCAGAUCCCUCCUUGCAAUUCCUUUGAAGCCUAAAAGCCUUCUUUAGUAUCUUCUCAUUACUGGGGCCUUUGAUAUCCAGCCUAGUGGUUCUUUUUGGCAUUAUCUCUGAUGCUUGAAUGCCUCCCGAUGCAAUCUUCCAAGAGCACCAUACAAUUUAACCAAUUACUACUUCAGAUCUUACUGAUUUACUUAAAUAUGUUUAAGUCAGCAAACCCACCAAGGAGCAGGGAUUAAAUCUGCGGCCGUGCUGUUUUGUGUGACCCAGUAAGGAAUGACUUUACAUGUGAGCCUUUAUCACAGAUGCUAGUUAACUAACAAGGAAGUUUCCUGUGUCAGCUGUCACUGUUAAGUACAAGUGGCCAGUAUGGGAAUUUUGUUUACACAAAAUAGUGCUUAAGUCAUUAACUGAGAGCAGGGCAUUUCUUUACGGUGCCAAUAAUUUCCAACUAUUUCACUAGCAUGAAAACAAUGAGAUAAACAGGUAGCCCUUACAGUUUUUGUGGUUCUGCAAAUUCACAUGAGGAAUUUGGAUGGAGGGGUCAGCUCACAUGGCUCCAUUGUUAAGAUUAAGGAUGUCAAAAUCCUUUGGGAUUGGCUGGCCUUCAUGGUGGUAUUCCUACUAUAUCAGGAAGGUAUAAGAUACGUGACCACCAUAAAGGAAACCAAACUGCAUUUCAUGCUGUUUAAUUAGACCAUAAGAUAUAGGAGCCAGAAUUAGGCCAUUUUGCCUAUCAAGUCUGUCCAUCAUUCCGUCAUGGCUGAUUUACUGCUCCCCUCAAACCCAUUCUCACGCCUUCUCCCCAUAAUCUUUGACGCCCUUACUAAUCAAAAGCCUAUCAACUUCCCCUUUAAAUAUACCCAAUGACUCGGCCAUCCAUGGCAAUGAAUUCCACCUUAUAUCUAAUAAUAUCAUCGUCUCUGAGCCACUUGAACAAGCUGCCUCAUUUUAAUUCGCUGCUGCCAGGAGCCGUGUCAUUCACUUAUCCUUGCUAGGUGGGAAUUUGUGAACAUCAGUUGAGAGCGAGAUUGGGUUUGCUGGCAAAUUGCCCCGUGGUCUGUCAGCCUGCUGGCAUCAUUACCAAGGCUGCCAAAUGGAAAGUAAUCAUUUUCCAAGGGUGGCACUGUCCUCUCCUCUGAGUGAAGAAAUGUUACCCAUGAGCCUGGUAUUGGCAAUACCUCUGAAAAAGAAAAACUCUUACAUUAGCAGAAAUGCAGAAUGUUUAGAAGUGAAAUAACAGUGUAUUGUACAGGAUUCUGGUUCCUAAACCAAAUUUUCAGCUGAGGCUGUCUGAAGUUCCUGCAGGGACAGUAACAUCACUUGUGCCAGUGUUCAGGUGGGAGGUGGGGAAUGUCACGCAGAAAUUCAAACCCGCUCUCCACCCCAGUUAAUUUUCAUUUUAGUGGGCAAAUUGUAUUUGAAGCAAAUGGCAUGCAGGGAAAUGCCUUAACUUAGUACAGGUCCUGAGAACUUCGUUCUCUGUCACUUCCUCAGCUCAGCUUGGAAUAUCACUGUUCUCAAACUGAAAUGUAGCAGUCCUUUCAGGACAGGGCAUGAUCCACAUUCAAGUCAUAAGUACUAGCACUUCAGCAGUUUCUGACCUUUUCCAUUUAUACAUUUGCAUAUCUCAUUCCGUAUAUUUUCAACUUAGCUUGGUCCUAAGAACGCUGGUUUAAGUCCAGCAGCUUAACCCCACUGUUCUUAUAGAAACAAAGGUAGUAGUAUACCUGGCCAACUUGCUUACUGCCCAUUACGCCACUGGCAUUUAGGACAGCAAAGAAGGUCCUCUUCCUGUAGCGAUGUUCAGGGCUUCCUUUAUCACGUCGGUAGCUUCCCCUAGGUUUUCACACAAGUCCCAGGUGGAGGCUCAGGAAUACCAUCACACUCAGAUGCAGAAGGAUUUUUCAUUGCUGUUUCCAUAACACCUUUGUUUUACCAGUCAGGGUUGUUAGCCCUGAGCUGAAUCCCUGAACCUGGAGGACUAAUGGACCACUCUUUCUCUGGCCUCUACCCUUUGACUUGUUAUGAGUGAUCCUGUCAAGAGCCAAAGCAUAAGUCCUGACUCCAGCCAGCAUAGGUCUGUGGUUCAUUGAGGCACACAAGCCCCAGACCCUACAACAAGAUUGUGGUCCUCUUGGAGGAUCUGGCCAACUUAGAACAGUUCAGUGCUCAGCAUGGUGUUCAGUCUCUCAGAAGAGCUACCAGAAAGAAAAUAAAAACACCUUACCUUUUUGGAACCAUGAAUGUCUAUUCCUUCAAGGAAAUAACUUGCUUCCAGUCCCUCCCCCAUCAUCCUCCUGACAAACAGCCAAACUUCACCAGUUUAUUCCCUGUUUGAUAUGCACUCUCUUCACUUCUGUGUGUAUGAUGUGGUUAAAAUACUUAAGUACAAUGGUCUAAUGGUCCAGAGACCAAAUUGCAAAUCUCUCUGCUCUAGCCAAGGAGUUGAAAUUCACUAAAUUUGGAAAUCAAUAAAACUAAAUUUACCACAAAAAUUUGAACUAUUUUAAUGGCAGAUCUGAUUCGGUAAAUGCAGAUCUCACUGUUCUGUUGGAAGAGUUGAAAUUCACUAAAUUUAUCAAAUUUGGAAUAAAAGGAAACUGAAUAUAACGAAAAAAAACAGAUUAUUUUAAUGGCAAAUCUGAUUCACUAAGAUUCUUGAGGGAAUGAAAUUCUUACCUCUUGAAAUUGGCUGGGAAAGAACUUCACAUGUGCCAAACUGUAUCACAGUUUAAGAAGAUUGCUGACCAUGACCACCUUGGUUACAAUUGACAAUAAGCAUUAGCCAUGCUAACAGCUCCUCGCCUGCCCCUGUUCUAAGAAUGCUUCUGAUAGGUGCCCAGAUGGUCAAGAAGUGAAGCAGUGCAAAUAUCUCAACCCUGCUUGUCCCUGGUCCAUUUAGAACACAAAUAGCAGGACUGUGUGCUUUUCCUGAUCCCUAUCUGGUGAGGCAUUCUGGACUGGGCUGGAGAGACAAAAUGCCUCAAUUCCAGUGCUCUUCCACGGUGAAGUAGCCUGCCCACAGGUUUACACUCAGGUGACAGCUGCUAGUGGAACUCUUACCUCAUCAUGUGCACAGCCUUCAGAAGAGGAGGAAAAAGGGAAAGAAAAUGCCUUGAGUUGCACUGCGUAAACAACGGCAACCUCCCAUCUUCAUACUUCAUUAAUUGCAUGUAGUUAAUUAACAAAGGGAUCAAUACUUCACUCAACUGUGUUCCAAGGAGAAUAAGUGAAUUUUGUAAGCUGCAUCCAUAUUACAAUAAUCCAUCAGUAGUCAGUUUUAAAAGUCAAUGUUUUCUAAAUCAAACUAUAACCAAUAAUGUUUAAUAGCAAAUACUAUUGUGAAUGUAAAUAUGCAGGGGACAGCAGCACCAAGAGGUAUCCUCUCAGAUGUUUUAAUUGCUUCUGGCUUUCUAGGGCUUAGUUGGUUAUAGAUUGUGUGGUAUGCAAUUGGGUUGAUUAUUAUUUUGUUUGUACACUUAAUACUUCGGGCUUUCGCAGAAUCUCAGGAUGGAGCUGAAGUUUUAUGGGCUUCGUUUUAAUCCCCAAGUCAGUGCAGAUCACAGCAGGCACAGCAAUUGAUGGUAAAAGGUGGUUUAGGUUCGAGCAGGAAAAAAUAAAGUUAGCUUUGCCACUGAGGAGUUCAUUUGCAAGGGCUAGGUGAGUCACUGGAAAGUGUAUGGGAAGGUCUGUGUGCGGUGAAUGAAUUCAGGUCUCUAGGUGAGUAGGGUCAUUGGAUGAAGCUGUUCAAACAGUAGGUAGAGUUACUGGAAAGAUAAUUGCAGUUCAAGUAGUUAGAAGUAACAGUGUGUGAGAGCAUAGGAUGAAUGAGGAUGAGGGAGAGGGUAGCUGGUACUGGGUUAUGCCAGGGCUUUGAAUACUAGGUAGGUUUGACUGUGAUGUGUGCCGACAUCAGUGGCUUUUCAAUCUGGUAAAUCAGCACCCAAGAAAUGAAUCUGACACCUGCUUCCCCUUUCUCCAUCUCUCUCUGUCUCCAUCGUCAGUUACGGCCUGUCACAUUGCUAGCAUUUAAGACAACAGUGAAAGUCCUCCAUCACUCUCGGUCCUUGGCCAUUUUCUCUAAUGUGCCCCAGGUGUGGUUCAGGAUCCUCCUUUCUGCCUCAUUUUAGGGCAGCAAUAAAGGCCCUCCAUUUCUUCUUGUCCUUGACCAUUUUCUCUAUUGUGCCCUAGGUGUGGUUUACGGCCCUCAUUUCUGCCUCUACAGUAUGGUGCCAAGUUGUCUUUGCUCUCCCGCAUUUCCUCCGCCCUUCAGGGGUCCAGUGGUGCUGUCUUGAUGAUGGAGUUGGCCUCGCUUCUCAUCACGUGCCUACUUUAUCUCCAACGUUUCCUCGUGAUGAUUGUGGCCAUGUCCCCUAGAUGACACUAAAGGAGUAGAGCAUGAUUGGAGAUCAUUCUUGGCCAGAAAAUAAGGAGGAGACAAACUGUCGAUCAAUAUCUUUAUAAACCUACAGAUUCCCAUGGUUACCUUGACCAAACCUCUUCCUAUCCUGUCUCCUAUAAAAAUGCCGUUCCCUUUCCUCAGUUUCUUCGUCUCCGCCACAUCUGUUCCCAGGAUGCAGUUUUCCUUUCCAGGACAACAGAGAUGUCCUUCAAAGAACAGGGUUUCCCUUCCUUAACCAUUGAUGCUGCCCUCACUCGCAUCCAUUUCCGGAACAUCCGCACUCACUCCAUCUUCCCACCACCUUAACAGUGAUAAACUUCCUCUUGUCCUCACCUACCACCCCAUGAGCUUCCACAUCCAGCACAUCAACCUCCGCCACUUCUGCCAUCUCUAAAGGGAUCCUACCACCAAACAUACCUUUACCUCCUCCCUCUCUCCAUUUCUGUGGGAAUUGCUCCCUCCAUGAUUCCUUUGUCCAUUCAUCCCUUCCCACUAAUCUCCUUCCCAGUACUUAUCCCUGCAAGAGGCCAAAGUGCUACACCUGCCCAAUUACCUCCUCCCUCACCUCCAUUCAGGGCCCCAACCAGUUCCUUCAAAUGAGGUAACAUUUCAACUGCAAAUCUGCUGGGGCCACAUAUCAUGUAUGGUGGGGACCACUUUAUCGAGCACCUCCACUCCAUUCGCCAAAAGCAGAACUUCCCAGUGACUACCAUCUUAAUUGCCAUUCCCAUAAUGAAAAUGUCAGUCCAUUCUGCUUGGGUGGCCUCAAACAUGACAGCAUGAAUAUCGAUUUCUCCUUCCAGUAAAACUUUUUUUUUUCUCCUGUCCUCUCUUCUAUUCCCCACUCUGGCCUCUUAUCUGUUCUCAUCUGCCCAUCACAUCCCCCAGGUCCUCUCCUCUCUCCCUUUCUCCUAUGGUCCACUUUCCUUCUGCUGUCAGGUUCCUUACUCUCCAUCCUUUACCUUUCCCACCCACCUGACUUCUAUCACCUUCUAACUAUCCUCCUUCCCCUCCCCCUACCUUUUUUAUUCUGGCGUCUCUUCCCCGCCCUUCCAAUCCUGGUGAAGGGUCUCAGCCCGAAAUGUUGACUGUUUAUUCUUUUCCCUCAACGCUGCCUGACUUGCUGAGUUUCUCCAACGUUUUGUGUGUGUUGCUUUGGAUUACCAACAUCUGCAGCAUUUCUCAUGUAUAAAACAACUUCUAUUGCAAUUCCAGCAAGAUCAUACAAUAGUUCUUAGAGUAUUUACUUCCUCUCCUCGUUUAGUUGGGAAGCAGUACAGCGAGAGCAGCUCAUAAAUCGGCACGUUCUUGUGCUCAGCUUUUCUGCCGCUCUGCUCUCCCAUUUGAUCUUCCUCAGUUGAUUUUUACACAAAGGUGCAAGGUUUCCUGUUUGCUGAUUACUACUGGGAAAAGCCCUAAUGUAAACUUCAGGGGAAUAUAUGACCAGUCUUGCUGUGAUACAGCCCCUCCACUCUCCUACCAUAUUCAAGCAGCCACGAAGUACUUAUUUCAAAUCUACUUACGAUCUUGGCAUAGUAUCUUCAAGAAGGGAGUAUUGAAGUAUACAGUACUUUAUUAUAUUACAAGCUAGCAAACUGAGCAACUGUAUCCUUCCAGUUAUUUAUAUGUGUGAGCAAAACGUCUCAAGUUGUUAUUAUCCACUUGUUUCAGCACUAACCUUUCCUUCAUGUGGCAUUUAUCAAAUAGAAUCGAGCCAUGUAGCAACCUAGGAAGCAAAAAAAAAGUUCAAAGACUAAUGACUUUAAAUAUAAAUAUAUAUAUCAGUUCAUUUGUACUGUUAAGGGUGUACUAAAAGCUGUUCUAUUACAUUCAGCACUAAGUUCUGUACAACAAGAAAUGUCCAGGUUUUUGGGCUUCGUGGGAUUUUUAUAUCAGUGGUCCCCAACCACCGGGCCGCAAAGAUGUGCUACCGGGCUGCGAGGAAACGAUAUGAUUUGGCGAUAUGAAAUGAUAUGAGUCAGCUGCACCUUUCCUCAUUCCCUGUCACGCACUGUUGAACGUGAACACCCCCCGUCAGCCAGUACGCAAGAAUAAUGUCAAUAUUAAACCGGUCCGCGGUGCAAAAAAGGUUGGGGACCCCUGCUUUAGAUGAUUCCUUGAGGCUAGAGAAUUUCUCUUCACUUUUACCUCAGUUUGUUGCUGCUACCUGCUUGAUUGGGAAUUUAUCAGCUGUGCCAAGAAGCAACUUUACCAAACUGCCAGAUCCACAAAAUCCAGGCGACAAUAAACUGGCAAACCAGUACAAUCACACCUAAAUUGCCAGAGCCUCAUUGUCCGUAAUUUGGACACUUCUACUGUACAGGACACUUUCCAGUCACAGAUCUUCUGCUUAAAACUUCUACUUUAACUAAGUUCCCAUUGAGCUCUGUCUCGCUGUCAGUUUUCCUUCAAGCUUUUUACUGAUUGUGAGCAGGCUGGAACACCAAUUUAGUCUGGGGACUAAGAACAGAAUGUUGAAGAAAUGUGUGUUUGGAAAGAGCAUAGUUUGGAGGUUUUUAAUUUUAAAAAACACUUGCAUAAAUCAGGCAUUAUCCCCUAGAUACCCACACAAAAUGCUGGAGGAUCUCAGCAGGCCACUCUGGAAAAGAGUGAAGAGUUGACACUUUGGGCCAAGACCCUUUCAACAGGACCACUCACAAAUCAACAAGACCAUAUAUAUGCUCAAAUCUCUCUGUCGCUCAUUUCUCCCAUUUGAUUUCUACACGAAGGUGCCAGGUUCUCAAAGUUCGUAUCUUAUUACUAUGACAGGAAACUAAUCCCUAAAGACACUCCAGGGAGGCCAAUCUAAAUGUCCAGAUUCUUGAUUACCCAUUCUGAUGAAGGGUCUCUGCCCGAAACAUCGACUGUUUACUCUUUUUCCACAGAUGCUUCCUGGCCUGCUAAGACCCCCCAGCAUUUUGAGUGUGUUGCUUUGGAUUUCCAGCAUCUGCAGGUUUUCUCGUGUUUGUUAUCCCGUAGUUUUGCAGAAUGAGGUCUAUAGUAUAAGAAACUGGGAUCACUUAAUUCCAUAUUCUUUGAUGGGAAUAUUUUUGUUUGCUUGCAAGAAAUUCUAGACUGCCAUGGGAUUUUGAAAGGGAAUGGAAUGUUGGACUCUUACUCUGGGGGUUUGGGGUUCCAUUUAUCCUUUCAAUCCUAAUUGUUUGCUGUUACUUAGCAGCCGUGCCAGAUUUCCUCUUGCCAUUGAGUUAGGGUGGUUUCAUGUCUGUUAACAAGCUGGCCUUCAAUGGAAUCUUUCAUAAUGAUUCAGAAAAGAGAACCAGUCAGUAAAUAUCGUGUUUCUUUUUUUUAGAAUUUCUUCCCCAUAGUAAAAGAAGACAUCCUCAAUCUUAAGUAUGCAUUUUAGGUGACAGAUUCUGAAAGUUCAUAUUUUAUUAUCAUGACAGAAAACUGAUCCCUGGACACACUCCAGGUGGGCCAAUCUAAAUGUCCAGAUUCUUGAUUGCCCCUGUUUUUGAAUGGACCCUUUAUGUCACCACAAUUCGGUUUUUUUAAAUGAUGUUGGUGCCAUUCUCCUGAAACCAUUCAUGAGUCUGGGCAUUGUGCAAGGACCUGCUUUGUCCCUUCUCAAAUUUACCUUUGCAAAGCAGACAAAAAAAAUACCUGAUACAAUCGCCCUUUGUGGAUCAGUACUACCUGGGUUUAGUGUCUGUCCUCAUUUUUAAUUUAUGUGUAAGAAAUGCAGUCAACAGUGGGAUGUUUGUCUGCUGUCACCUGUUUGGCUGAAAGAUAAAUGAGAAUUCCCAGUGUAUAUUUCUGGUUGGUACUCAAUACUGCGAUCCCUUUUGAACAUGUUCUGGUUUUUAAAAAAAAAAUUAAUGUUCUGUGAUUAUUUAAGUGGUGACCAGCAUGAAAUGUGAUGGAAAGAAUUUUGUCCAGUGGUUGAUAUUGGUUGCAUGCAGUCCAGAUUGCUCUUGUUGCAUCAUCAUCCAUCAUCCUUAGAGUCCCGUAGCUCCAGCCUGAGUUAACAUGGGCUAGUGGGAGAUCCCCCAUUGUCUUUUCUGUAGGAAGUUGCAAUAGUUGAUAUAGCCUUCCCUCUUUAUCUUCAAAAUCAGAUGGGCUUAGUUUUGGGUUGUGUUUCACUAUGACACUCUAUCAUUAUUCAGGUAAUUAUAGUUUUAAACAGCACUCAAAACAAAAGGUUUAAUUCCUAUAUUGACAAAAUUAAGUUGGGAGUGAAAUUCAUUUUUUUCAUUGUGACGUUCUUGUUUUGCAGUAACAGUGUUUGACAGAUUGCCAUCACAGCUUGGAUUUUGUUUGUAGCUAUUUGGCCUUUUGCCCCCUUUUCCUCCAUAUUUCAGACUCAACCCCUCCCCCAGCUCUUUUCCCCCCACCUUCACAGUGAACACCUAAAGAGCUCAAUCCAAUCCCCCCCCCCAAAAAAACUAAGAGAGCUGAAUCCCUAUCUAUGUCACUGCCGACCAAAAGCAAAAUAAUUCUGAAAGAAAAAAUGACUAGUUCAGAAAAGACAAUUGCGUGCGGUUCAAACAAAAUCAAUGCAAAUCUUUGGAAAUUGUGUGACUGGGGUCUUGUUUUGCACAGUGGGACGGGGUUUAACUCACCGCUGGCCAGCCAGUGGGAUUUUUUUCCUUUUUAGAAAAAAAAAGUAACUUUUUCUUCCUCUACAAGUUUAUUUGUAAAUGAUGUAAAAUUUUAAAUAUGUGAUAUUUUGUACAUCUCACUGUAUCUGAGAUAGUUGUGUAUUUAUCAAAGACUACUGUAACUCUUUUUUAUGGCACUUGGUUUUUCUUGUAUAUUUAUUUUACUUUUGUCCUCUAAUUAAUCAGUGAUGUUCUGUUUGUGGAAAGGUCUGAAAGUAAAGUGUUUGUUUUCUACAGACUCAGUGAUAAAACAUUGCAACUUUCACUUCAUCUUAAUCUGAACACACACCUUACUUGCCUUCAGCUGGUUUUUAAUGCACUUUAUAAAUAGUAAGUUGGGAGAUGGGCUCCACUGCGUGUCAGGGUUGGGUCCUAUUAACCACAGUACUAUAGGUAACUGUUUAUAUGCAAGAUUUCCACUCUAUAUUACAUAGAUUUGUGCAUGUAUUUAGAAACUCUUUGACUUUUCAACCUUCUGCACCAUAUGAUUUCACAUACCUCCCUGACAAAACCUACAUGACCACUAAAUGUAAGUGCAAUCAUUCAAAAAUAGUGUCAUAGAGAUUUUUUUUGCGCAUGGGAGGAUUCUGAUAUUCUUGUUGCUGCUUGAACGUUUUUUUUCCGCAUGAGGGAGGUGGUUGAUGUUUUUCUUUGAAUGGCUUCCCUGGUUUCCAUUGUUUCGUGGCUGACUGUGGGGAAGAUGAAUAUACUACAUAUGUACUUUGAUAAUAAAUGUACCUUGAAACCACCCCCCCCCCCCCACACACACACACAGCUUGGAAGUAGGUCCUUCAGCCCAACUCAUCCAUGACAAUGAGGUGUCUUGCUGAACUUUACCUCUAUUUGGGCCACAUCUUUCUCAACCUUUCUGAUCUGUGUAUCUUGCAUAAAUGCCCACCAACUCCCCUUUGAUUUAUUUUCUGUAAACACAAACAAAACACGUCUUUGCAUGACAUUUUUGAAAGAUGUUUAUUGUCAGGUGCACCAUGAUAGUGAAAAGCUCUUUGCAUCUCAGCCACGCAGAUUGUUCUGUAUAUAGAGGUAGCAGAAAGAAAACAAUGCAGAAUGUAGUGUAGCAGUUACAGAGAAAGUGUAGGUAGACAAAUAAGUUGCAAGGGCUUUGAUGGAGUAGACUGGGAGUUCAAAGUAAAUUUAUCAAAGUACAAAUAUCAUCAUAUUACAACCCUGAAGUUCAUUUUCUUGCAGGCAUACUCAUAAAUCCAAGGACCAUAAUAGAACUAAUGAAAGACCACACCCAACAUGGCAGUCAACUAGAAUGCAGAAGACAACAAACUGCAAAUACAGAAAGAGAGGAAAAAAGAAACAAUAAUAUGCAAAAGACAACAAACUGCAAAUACAAAAGGGGGGGAUAAAUAAAUAAUGUUGCGAACAUGAGAUGAAUCUUAGAAAGUGAGUUCAUAGGUUGUAGGAACAGUUCUGUGAUGGCAAUUGAAGUUGAAGGGUUCAGUUUGAGCCUGAUAACAUUGUGAUAGAAGCUGUCCUGAAUCUGAUGGCACGUGUCUCAAAUAAAUGUGCAUGAUUCAAAAUUGACAGGAUUGUCGCCUUAAGAUG